AAUUUUCUGAAUUCAUGUAAUGGGUGGUGUAAAGCAAGAGCAAACGGAUGCUCCUGCAUCUAAAGACUCUCAACACACAGAUAAUGCACAAGAGGAGAACCAAUCGACUUCACAGCCGGUAAAGAAGCGAGGCUGGCCAAAAGGGAAGAAGAGAAAGAAGGUGUUACCAAAUGGCCCCAAGGCUCCGGUUACUGGCUACGUGCGUUUCUUGAAUGAGCGACGGGAACACAUCCGAGCACUUCACCCGGAUCUUCCCUUCCCAGAAAUCACCAAGAGACUCGGAGCAGAAUGGAGCCGCUUGGCUCCUCAUGAUAAACAGGUAUUUUUUUGUGCGCGUGAACAUUGUCCAGAUGUUUCCUUUUAAAGGAAUAUUUCACCCAAGAAUGAAAAUUUGCUGAAAGUGUACUCACGUUUUUUUUUUUUCUCAGAACACACCAUAAACAUCAACGUGGAAAGCUAUAUUCUUAAAAUUGCGCAUUUCUCAGUGCGAGAAGCUGAGCUGCGGCGACUGCGCAAGGCUAAUGUGGAGUUCGAAGAGCAGAAUGCGGUUCUCCAGAAGCACAUUGCUGACAUGUUCAGCGCUAAAGAGCGACUGGAGGCUGAGCUGGGCCAGGAUGAGCUUCGCACGCAAGCUCUACAGCGCCACCUACAGGUGAUCAAACAGACACUGGUCAACAGCCUGGCCACUGUGCCUUUGCCAGGCACAGGCGAGACGCCAUCAGUUGGAACGCUGGACUCAUACCUGAGUCGCUUGAGUAGUGCUUUAGAGAGCAGGCCUCAUGAGCAUCGCGCCUUAGUCCUCAAGCUACAAGAGCUCUUAGCUCACCUAGACAGUGAGAAGCUUUGAAAGCAUGUCUACAGCUGUGGUGGAUCUAGAUGUCCCAAGAAUUGGGAAGACCUGGGAUCACCAUGCUCUACCUAUGAUUUUUCUGCCUUCCAGGGUGUAAUGGGCCAUACAGUUUAAUUGGAUAUUUUUACUCGCCAAUAAGCUAAUUUGUAACACUGGUGCCGGCGGAUUCUAAACUCAUGUAAUGUAAUCCAUCAUAUUAUUGCUGUUUUGACAAUUACAGCAGCUCAUUUAAAGACUAAGUCCAUGUAGAAUCAUGGAAAGCAUGGUUUAAAGGCAUGCUACGAUUUUUACAAAGUAAUAUUGUCUUUACUAAGUUGUAAUGAAAUGUAAAGUGCAGUGUUUUACAUCGGGUGACCUAAACCCUUGCUGCACAGUGCUGUGGAUUGCAUGACCCUGAGAACUGCACCAUGAAUUUUACUCUAAACAUUGAGUAGCAUUCCUAAUCAUUAUGGUUUCUGAAUUAAAAUUCCUAAAUAA